GGAUAAACUUGAAGUAGUUAAUCGAGGCAAGAACAUUCAUUAGAUAUGCAUGAAUCAGUGAGGUACUCUGUUUGUAAUUUAGUGAGAAAACUUGACAUCUAGCUUUGUAAGUGAUACACGUGGCUCUAAGAAAUUGGUUAUAAUGUUCGAGGAAUCAUAUGAAUCCACAAAUUUGAGUAAAUUUAUGAACUUGUGUAAAAACCCAAUGCUAUAUAUUGUUUCUUCUUCUUCUCUGCAAUUCUCAUAGCUGAGACCAAAACAUAAUUUUAAUGCAUCCGUUGAAUGACAAAAUGAAGAGAGUAUUUACAUUUGGGAAAGGAAGGAGUGAAGGCAACAAAGGCAUGAAAUCUUUGUUGGGUGGGAAAGGAGCAAAUCUUGCUGAAAUGGCAAGCAUUGGUUUAUCUGUACCACCAGGGCUAACCAUAUCCACAGAAGCAUGCCAAGAAUAUCAGCAGAAUGGGAAGAAGUUACCACCUGGAUUGUGGAAGGAAAUAUUGGAAGGUUUAGAAAUUGUUGAAAAGGACAUGGGUGCUUUUCUUGGUGAUCCUUCCAAGCCUCUUCUUCUUUCUGUUCGAUCUGGUGCCGCGAUUUCUAUGCCGGGUAUGAUGGAUACGGUCCUAAAUCUUGGACUCAACGAUGAAGUUGUUGCUGGAUUGGCUGCGAAAAGUGGUGAGCGUUUCGCGUAUGACUCAUAUAGAAGGUUCCUCGACAUGUUUGGAGAUGUUGUUAUGGACAUUCCUCAUUCUCUAUUUGAGGAGAAGUUGCAAAAGUUGAAAGAUGCAAAGGGUGUUAAGCUGGACACUGAUCUUUCAGCUUCUGAUCUUAAGGAGCUUGUGGAACAAUAUAAAACUGUCUAUGUUGAAGCUAAAGGAGAACCAUUUCCUUCAGACCCAAAGAAGCAGUUGGAACUGGCAGUCAAUGCGGUCUUUAAUUCGUGGGACAGUCCGAGGGCCAUAAAGUACCGGAGCAUUAACCAGAUAACUGGAUUGAAGGGAACUGCAGUUAACAUCCAAAGCAUGGUUUUUGGAAAUAUGGGAAAUACUUCUGGAACAGGUGUUCUCUUUACUAGGAAUCCAAGUACUGGAGAAAAAAAACUCUAUGGAGAGUUUCUAAUAAAUGCUCAGGGAGAAGAUGUUGUAGCUGGAAUUAGGACACCCGAAGACUUGGAUACCAUGAAGAGAUGUAUGCCUGAAGCUUACGAUGAACUUGUGGAGAAUUGUGAAAUUUUAGAAAGACAUUAUAAGGAUAUGAUGGAUAUUGAGUUCACAGUUCAAGAGAAUAGGCUUUGGAUGUUGCAAUGCCGUUCAGGGAAGCGUACAGGCAAAGGUGCAGUUAAAAUUGCUGUGGACAUGGUUAAUGAAGGGCUCAUUGAUCCUAGCGCUGCCAUAAAAAUGGUGGAGCCACAGCAUCUUGACCAACUUCUUCACCCACAGUUUGAAGAUCCAGAUGGUUACAAAGAUAAAGUGAUUGCAAAAGGCCUUCCUGCUUCUCCUGGAGCAGCGAUAGGGCAAGUUGUGUUUAGUGCUGAAGAUGCUGAAUCAUGGCAUGCUCAAGGAAAGAGCGCCAUUUUGGUAAGAACUGAAACCAGCCCAGAGGAUGUUGGAGGGAUGCAUGCAGCUGCUGGAAUCUUGACUGCACGUGGUGGAAUGACUUCCCAUGCUGCUGUUGUAGCCCGUGGCUGGGGAAAAUGUUGUGUUUCUGGUUGUGCCGACAUCCGUGUUAAUGACUCUGAAAAGGUUCUGGUAGUGGGAGACAAAGUGAUACAUGAAGGAGAAUGGAUUUCUCUAAAUGGGUCUACUGGUGAAGUGAUAUUGGGUAAACAACCACUCUCCCCUCCUGCCAUGACCGGGGAUUUGGAGACCUUCAUGUCUUGGGCUGACAAAAAAAGACGGAUUAAGGUGAUGGCAAAUGCGGACACACCUGAAGAUGCACUCACUGCACGAACCAAUGGCGCUGAAGGAAUUGGUUUAUGCCGCACAGAGCACAUGUUCUUUGCUUCUGAUGAGAGAAUAAAGGCUGUAAGACAGAUGAUAAUGGCAAGUACCCUUGAGCAGAGGAAGGCAGCCCUGGACUUGUUGUUGCCUUACCAACGAUCUGAUUUUGAGGGCAUUUUCCGUGCAAUGGAUGGUCUCCCUGUAACAAUUAGGCUUUUAGACCCUCCUCUUCAUGAAUUUCUACCCGAAGGCCACCUAGACGAGAUUGUUGGUCAACUAACUACUGACACAGGCAUGACAGAAGAUGAAAUUUACUUGAGGAUUGAGAAAUUAUCAGAAGUUAAUCCUAUGCUUGGAUUUCGCGGAUGCAGACUAGGAAUAUCAUACCCAGAGUUGACUGAGAUGCAGGUCCGUGCCAUAUUUCAGGCUGCAGUCACUAUGAGCAACCAAGGCUUCACAGUUCUUCCAGAAAUUAUGGUACCCCUAGUUGGAACUCCACAGGAACUAAGUCACCAAGUCAGCUUAGUUCGCAGCGUCGCUCAAAAAGUCUUCUCAGAGAUGGGUACAACGUUGAGCUACAAGGUGGGCACCAUGAUAGAAAUUCCAAGAGCUGCCCUUGUUGCAGACGAGAUUGCUAAGGAAGCAGAAUUCUUUUCAUUUGGUACAAAUGACCUUACCCAAAUGACAUUUGGAUAUAGUAGAGACGAUGUUGGCAAGUUUCUCCCAAUUUACAUAUCUAAAGGCAUCCUCCAAGCUGAUCCGUUUGAGGUCCUUGAUCAAAAAGGUGUUGGCCAACUGAUCAAGAUGGCCACGGAAAAAGGUCGCGCUGCUAGACCUAGCUUGAAGGUUGGAAUCUGUGGGGAACAUGGUGGAGAACCUUCUUCUGUUGCUUUCUUCGCGGAGGCUGGGCUUGACUAUGUUUCAUGCUCUCCUUUUAGGUACCACUUUUGAACUCAUCAAUAUAUCACAGUGUCUGACACACUAACAAUCUUCUGUUAGCAGUAGUCACAAACGGAAACAUGUUACCUACAACAUUAUACUAAAGUGUUACAAAUCAUCUGAUGCAUAGCAGCAUCAACGUACAUCGACUUUCGAGCGUGAAAUGAACAUUUUCAUAACUCUGCUUUCUUCUUGUCAGGGUCCCGAUUGCUAGGCUAGCUGCUGCACAAGUUACUGUGUAAUUAUGAGGAUUAUGGUGAGUUUUGGGAAGAAAAACCAUCCCACAUUGCAGGCAUAUUUCCAUUAACUUGUGUGUGUAUAUAUUGCAAGCUCUUAGGGAUUAACAAAUAAACAAAUGUAAAUGAAGUCCUUUUGGUGAUAAAGGAGGGGCGGAAAGAUCCCUGUACAUGUCCAGAGCUCUUUGAGAAAACUCAAUAAGAUUACUCUGUAAUAAAUUUUUACCCUUGCCUUGAUAUUCAUUUUUAACGUUGUUAUAAUAUAUUUGAGAAUUGAGAUUAUGUAUUAAAAAGAUCAGAAUGUCACUUCUUGUUUAUUCAACUAAGACAUAGCUAUUAUUUAGCACGGAUUAGCA